CGACAAACAAGUCUGUUCACUUGAGGCAUCAUCUACUAUCCCAAGAUCAAGCCAGUGAAAUCAAAAGAAGGCUGCUACAAAGGUGCGAUUUCUCAAGACUAGGUCUUCUCCUCGACUAAGAGCAAUAUCUUCACAGCUGGUAGAGGUUGUGGAUCUUGAAGAGCAGGCCACGAUGACGCCUCCUGAUGUCGUUUCACAAUCUGAUGUGAUGGCCUCUUCGCCAGCCUUCGUCGAAGCAGCGGCUGCUUGCGAAGUUGCAUCUGAUGUUGUUGAAUCUGUAAAACAACUUGCUGCAGUGGCCACCAUCACUCCUGUUGUUGAAGAGCUCGCCUCUACAACUGUUAAUGAUGAAUUGCAUGCUGAGGAAAUUCCUACUGCAGACACUGCCAUCACCGAAGCUGCCCAAGUGUCUGUGCCCCCUGAUGUGGGAGUGGUUGUUGCAGCAACUGGUGUUGAUGCAGAAAAAACAGCUCUAGAACUUGACGAUGACGAAGUACUUAUGUGGUGGGAAGAAUUUGAACAUGAUAACCCAGCAGCCAAAGGAAAAGCUAUUGUCCAAGGAGUUACUCACAAACUGAUUGAUAACUUCUGA